GCAGCUGUUGUACAAAGUCGUGUAGUGAUGAUAUAAAUUAUAAUGCGUUUGUUAAUUCUUAUUGCACAAACGACGCGUGUUAAAUGUUCAAUGCUGUGAAGUAAUAUACGUAUUUGCUGAAAAAAACACUCAAACAGUGUGUGUUGCACAAUAAGAUGAUAAUAAUAUAGGAAACUAAGCACUGCAUUUUUUACCCGGUCUUUUGUCUAUACUUUUUGUUGCACUCGAAAAAUCUACAACUUAAACUGUAAAGAAUUGAUAUUAAAUAUACAUAUAUUAUUAAAUUAUAUACACGUAACUAUUUUGUGUUCAGUGCUGCAACGUUUAAAUGUUCACUGUGGCAAUAAAAUGAAAUGCGAUUUCUUGUUGCUGUUUUUGUGGCUCUCGUUGGCGGCAGCCGGCGACGACAACAACAACAACAACGUUGACUCCACUGUUGCCAAAUUUGCCAACGUUCGCAUACGUCGCGCCUCCAUUGACGUGGACAGCAAAGCGGGCAACGAUGCAGCUGCCCAGCAUAGCAUCAUCGAUCUGCCCGACUGCGCCGAUUUGCGCAAGUUUUGCACGCAUCAAGCGUCCAGCGAUAAUCUGUCCAUGUUGGAGUGUGCCUUAAGCUUCAGCUCAAGUCAACUGGAAGCACUGCCCGAUGCCUGCCAGCAUGCCUUGUGGCUGCAGCAACGUCAGCUGCAACUGCCCACUUGGGUGGAGCACACGCUGUUGCCCAACUAUUGCAACGCCGAGCAGAACAAACUGCAGAGUUGCCUCAACUCGGUGGAUCUGUGGGGCUGCCUGGAGGAUCAGCGUCAACAGCUGCCGCAGAGCAACACCUGCCAGCAGCAACUGCGACGUGCACAUGCUUCGCUGGGCAGCGAUUACGCCAACAUUGGGGAGUUCUACACCGCUUGUGGUGCCUUGGUGGAGCAACAGAAAUGCGGACGCAUGAAUGUGGAACACUUGCCGGCACUUCUCUCCCAACUGGGCACCGUCCAGUGCCUAAUGGCCCAAGCGCAGCCCAUUGAGGCCAACUGCAAGGUUGCCAUCAAUGCCAUCGAGUUGCAACGUGGCAUGUUGGAGCUGUUUCGUGUGUGCGCCGAUGACUUGAGUGCGCUCUGUCCGCAGGAACGCGCUGGCACACCGGGCGGCUACAAGUGUCUGGUGCGGCACAAGAACGAUCCAUCACUGCGCACGCAAUGCGCCACACAGAUAACGCUGCGCGAUCAGCAAAUGGGACGCGAUUAUCGUGUGUCCCAUGGCCUAGCCAAAGCGUGCAAGGACGACAUCAAGCAGCAUCAUUGUCGUCGCGGUGUCUCCGAGGACAAACAGGUGCGUCUCGCCCAGAUAUUGCUGUGCCUGGAAACGGUUUCGAAGAACGGUACCAAACUGGCUCCCGAAUGCCUUGUGGAGCUGAGCGAUCAUCGUCGCAUGCUUAUGACCGAUUAUCAACUGUCGCCGGAGCUGCUUAACGAUUGUGCCGACGACAUACCCAAGUUCUGUGCCGAGCAGCACAAGGCGCAGCUCGUGAAUGGCUUCACGGGCACUGGCGGCGAGAUCAUUCACUGUCUGAUGGAGCAUGUGCGUGCACGGCGUGCACAGCAUCGAGUGACAUCGCAGUGUCAACGCGGCUUGGAAACGCUCAUCAAGGUAAGCGAUGCUGGCGAGGAUUGGCGUGUGGAUCCGGUGCUGAGACGUGCCUGCAAACCUGUGGUCGAUGUGGCUUGCAAGGAUGUGGAAGGCGGCGAAGCGCGUGUCAUGAGCUGCCUCAUGGAACGCAUUGGCACACCAGUGAUGCGACCGGAAUGUGAACAGGCGCUGCUCAUCAUCGAGUACUUUGUGGCACGCGAUUUCAAGCUGGAUCCGCAGCUCUAUAAGCACUGUCGCGACGAUGCCAUCAAGUAUUGUCGCGCCAAACGGCAAUGGGAUGAUGUUCAGGAUGUGCAAAUGGAUCCCGAACGUGGUCCUUUAAUACUGCCCUGUUUGCAUCGCAUGGCGUACAGCGAGGAUAAGAAUCAGAAGCUGCACAACGAGUGCUUCCGCGAGGUGAAGCGUGUGAUGCGUCAGCGUGCCAUCUCCGUGGAUCUGAUACCCGAGGUGGAGGACUAUUGUUUAUCCGAUUUGUCGCUGUAUUGUGGUGAGAACACCAAGAAGGGCUCCGAAAUGGAAUGUCUGCAGAAUAGAUUGGAGAAACUGCAACCGGAAUGCAAAGAAGUUGUGACCAAAUACACCGAGGAGGAGGCUGCUAACGUGGAACUCAAUCCCGUCAUUAUGGCUGUGUGUUCAGAACCAAUGCAGCAGCACUGUUCGGAUGUGCUCAGUUCGGGCAACGAUAAUGGUAACAUGAUGGACUGUCUCAUUGCGCAUAAGAACGACCCCGAUCUGCGCAAGAAUCUCGGCUGUCGCGCUGCCAUCGAGCACUUCCAAAUCAUCUCGUUGAAGAACUAUCAUUUCACCACCAAAUUUAAGGAGGCUUGUCGCCGCUAUGUGACGCGUCACUGCACAGCAAGUGCCACCAAGAACGAGGUUGUCGCCUGCCUCAGCGAGGUGAUGCGCAACGACACCAUCCGUGGUCAGCGUCAUCAGAUUCCGCGCGAGUGUCGGCAACAGGUGAAGGCGCAGCUCUAUCAACAGCGUGAGAGCAUCUCGCUGGAUCCCAAGCUGGCGAAUGCUUGUCAAACUGAACUGCAGAAGUUUUGUGCCGACCAAACGGGUCCUGGUCAGGUGAAUAAAAAUGCUUUGGAGUGCCUCAUACAGCAGACACCGCGAUUGGGCAAGGCGUGUCAUCAUGUUGUCUUCAUGAUCAAGAAAUCCGAGUUGGGCGACAGUGGCACCGAUUAUACGCUGCUCAGCACCUGUAAGGAUAUGGUCUACAAGUUCUGUCCCGAUACGGAAUCGGUCAAGAUAUUGGAUUGCCUCAAGAAAUACAAAGACGACAAGUCAUUUGAUCAACGCUGUCAUCUGGUGGUUGUCAAUCGCAUGAUCGAACAGAAUACGGACUAUCGUUUCAAUCCGUCUCUGCAGAGUGCUUGUGGCAAGAACAUCGAUCGCUACUGCUCGAAUAUUGUGGCCUCCGCACAACCCAACGAGGAGCUCAACGGCAAGGUCAUCAAAUGCCUUAAGGAAAAGUUCCGGCAAUCGAAACUGGACGAGACCUGCUCGCAGGAAAUGAUCAAAAUUCUGCAGGAACAAGCCUUGAACUACAAACUGAAUCCGGUGCUGCAGCAUUUCUGCAAAUCCGAAAUACAGCAGCUGUGCCAGGCGCCCUCUGAGGGUGACGAGCAUGGCCAGGUGGAGGAAUGUCUGAAGACAGCAUUUCUCAAGAAGCAACUGAUCAAUCGCGAGUGCCAGCUUGAGGUGGCGACACUGAUAGCCGAGGACAAAGCCGACAUACAGGUUGAUCCGAUACUGGAAUCGGCUUGCACUGUGGAUUUAUUACGUUACUGUGCCAAGAUCUCCAGCGGCAAUGGCCGAAAAUUGAACUGUCUGCGCACGCUGUUGCGAGAGACGCCCAACUCGCUGGAGUUGGAUUGCCGCGAGAAGCUGAAGCGACGCAUCGAAAUGUUUCGCAAUGCGGAUGAUGCGCUCGCCCAGCCGCCAGAGGAUAUGCAGCAGCUGGUGCAACAGGUGGUCACAUCGCCGGCACGAAAGUUCUUCCUUGUGAUAUUAAUGAGCGCCACGGGCUUGGUCUUUCUGACUGGCAUCUUCCUUGGACGCGCCACCAAACGUGCAAUGGGCUUAAAGAAUAAAUAAAAAACGUAACACAGACUGUAGAUGAUAUUAAUGUAAAACAAAUUAGCUGAUCUGUAGUAGUUGAGACAUACGUAGGUUGAAUGUUUGCGCUUCCUCCCACCCUUACCCCCACUCACAUCUUCCGUUUUUCGUGCGCUUGAUGUUUUCCAUAUUUUUGGAUCCCAUUUUUCACUGCAAUCAGCAAUUUUUAAAAGCAAUUUGUGGCUUAAUCGAUUGUAAGACCAAAAAGCGAAAGUGUAAUUAAUUUCACAGAAAACACUUAAGUAACUAAGAAAUUUGUAUGAUUUAAUUGA